AUGGGGCACGUAGGGAAUUCUACUGACUAUACAACCCUUGGAUGGUUCGGCGCCACGACGUUUCGGCUUCGUACCAGGGACGUCACCAUCUUCUUGGACACCUGGCUGGACAAGCCGUCCGUCCUGCCUAAGUACCUUGCAGUGGAUGACGUAACAGAGGCAGACUACAUCUUCAUCUCCCAUGCUCACUUUGACCAUCUGCCUGGAGCCGACCGCAUCGCCAUCAGAACCGGCGCUAUUGUAAUCGCCAACGGUGAAUCUAUCCACUAUCUUCGCAAAGCGGGUCCAUCUCUGCAUUGUCUGAUGCCUGAAGACCACUUCCAGGUCAUCGAUACAGCAACGGUAUACACUGGUUCAGCAACCCCAUACACAUGUUCCCUAGACAUCACGUUUGGGAUGAAGCAUGGCCUAUUGCGUCUUGGUGAUCUUGUCCCACCCAAGAAGCUUCGCGAUGGCCAAUGCUCGUUCAUAGAGUACAUCGGUGACCGGGAACGUGAUGUAUUCUCACAUUGUGAUGGUGGCCCUUCUCUGAGUGCUCACCUUGGCGCUUACGAUGGUGUUAUGAGGGACAUGCAGCCCAAGCCAGAUGUCGCCAUCUUGGCCAUUGCUGGACGAGCCAACUUCAACGGACAACCAUUUAAUGGCUGA